AUGAGUUUCGUCUGGUCAUCAAUUUUUGUUGCCGUUCUCUCGGUUUCUGUUCUUGCUCUCAACGAAAAUGAGAACAACUAUCUCCAAGAGUUGAUUGACGCUGGAGUGUCUCAAGAGACAGCCAACAAACUCGUGAGCAUUGCCGUUCAACACAACAAUGACGGCGCCGACCCAAACAAAUCCGGAAGAACCAUCUUCGAAUCCAUCAUCUCUGAGACGAACGCCGCUAUUGCACAGGCUCCACAAGAUGAUCAGGAGGCUUACAAGAGCUUCGUUGAGGACAAGAAAAACCAAUACGAGAAGCCAGACUCGGUCGAUAACAGCGAUGAUGAAUAA